AUGACUGCUCUCCGGACCCCAGAUGGAACAACUGCAGCAUGGAGAAGUGAAAUGGAGAAGGUCAUUCACGACAGUCACGUCCACUUGCUUCCUCACUAUCUAAGGGAAGACGGACAAGUCAUUUCAAAAGUCCUCCUUUCCGAAGUCCGACAUGCCAUCAUGUCGAUGAAGAACCGAACUUCAACCGACGAUCCCGACAGAAUCAAGCCUGAACAUCCAAAGUGUCUACCGUCAGUCCUCAUGAACACAGCGGCGAGGCUCUUCACUCGCUAUCUGUCGGACUUUAAUGUUCCUAAACAAUGGAAAACGAGCAAGACCGUAAUGCUGUGUAAGAAAGGAGACACACAAAACAUCGGCAACUAUCGCCCAAUCUGCUUGCUGUCCGCCAUCUACGAGCUCUUCACAACAGUAAUUCUAAACAAGGCAGAAAGAAAAUUAGAUGAAGGGCAGCCAUGUGAACAAUCAGGGUUUCCAAAAGGGUUCAGUACGAUUGACCACAUACACACAGUUUCAAAACUCAUAGAAGUAUCGCGAGACUACAAGAUGCCGCUAUGUUUCACUUUCAUCGAUUUGAAGAAAGCAUUUGAUACAGUUGAGACUGAAUUGGUCAUGGAGCAACUGCCCUUUUUUUCCUUCCCAUUCUACAUUGAUGCCAUAAUCGACUUGAAGAGAGGGAUUCGUCAGGGUGACACAAUUCCACCCAAAAUGUUCAGUGCCACUCUCGACAGCACGAUUCGAGGAUUGGAAUGGGAUAACAUGGAAGUGAAAGUUGACGGACGGAAUUUACACCAUCUUCGUUUCGGGGAACGGUAA